CUGAGACUAAAAGGGCACUGAGGGAAAAAAUACAUAUGUACUAAAAAGUACAGUACCGAGCAGAUAGAGCCACGGAGGGAAGAGAGGAGCGCGGGAUAGAAAUCCAGCCUGUGCCUCAGCCAUCUCUCUCAGCACCAAGGACAGAGCCACUGAGCGGCUAACCCAAACAACGUUCAGUGGGGUCCCUCCCAAAUCCUCCAGGGAACACGGAUGCCUUGGAAAAAGCAGCUCUGAAGCACGCAGUGAGGUCUUGUUAGAAAAGACGCAAGAGUAGUUCACAUGUAAUUUCCACCUCAGAGGCAAAACCAGGUGAUUUCCUUUCUGUAUGGAAAUGAUUCCAUAGUUUCUGUGUCCUGGGAAAGGCAAAGUUUGCUUUGCUUCAGUGUGUGUGCCGUCAGUAAAUGGCUUCAGGAACUGAGGCGCUAAACUCUACAGUCUCCAGACACCAGAAGAAAUUUUCAGGAAACGUUUUGGAGUCACAUUCCUCUGCCUGGGCUAUGGCAACUCUGAGUCAGAUAAGCAACCACAUCAACUCCACCUGUGGGGCAGAGAACUCCACAGGGGUCAGCCGGGCCCGCCCACACACCUACUAUGCCCUGACCUACUGUGCACUGAUCCUGGCCAUCAUCUUCGGCAAUGGCCUGGUAUGCGCAGCUGUGCUGAGGGAGCGUGCCCUACAGACCACCACCAACUACCUAGUGGUGAGCCUGGCUGUGGCGGACCUGCUGGUGGCCACUUUGGUGAUGCCGUGGGUGGUGUACCUGGAGGUGACAGGUGGAGUCUGGAAUUUCAGCCGCAUUUGCUGUGAUGUUUUUGUCACCCUGGAUGUCAUGAUGUGUACAGCCAGCAUCCUGAACCUCUGUGCCAUCAGCAUAGACAGGUACACAGCAGUGGUCAUGCCAGUUCACUAUCAGCAUGGCACCGGGCAGAGCUCCUGUCGGCGUGUGGCACUCAUGAUUACAGCUGUGUGGGUGCUGGCCUUUGCUGUGUCCUGCCCUCUCCUGUUUGGUUUCAACACAACAGGGGACCCCAGCAUUUGCUCCAUCUCCAACCCUGAUUUUGUCAUCUACUCUUCAGUGGUAUCCUUCUAUGUUCCCUUUGGGGUGACUGUCCUGGUCUAUGCCAGGAUCUACAUGGUGCUGAGGCGGAGGAGGAGGAGACGGAUCCUCACGCGACAGAACAGCCAGUGCAUUAGCAUCAGACCUGGCUUCUCUCAGCAGUCUUCCUGUCUUCGGCUGCAUCCCAUUCGGCAGUUUUCAAUAAGGGCCAGGUUUCUGUCCGAUGCCACGGGACAAAUGGAGCACAUAGAAGACAAACGAUACCCCCAGAAAUGCCAGGACCCCCUUUUGUCACACCUGCAGCCCCUCUCGCCUGGCCAGACACAUGGGGAGCUGAAGCGCUACUACAGCAUCUGCCAGGACACCGCCUUGAGGCAUCCAGGCUUCCAAGAAGGAGGGGGCAGGAUGAGCCUGGCGAAGAGGACUCGGAACUCCCUGAGCCCCAACAUGGCCCCCAAGCUCAGCUUGGAGGUUCGAAAACUCAGCAAUGGCAGGUUGUCCACAUCCCUGAAGCUGGGCCCUCUGCAGCCUCGCGGAGUGCCACUUCGAGAGAAGAAGGCCACUCAGAUGGUGGUCAUUGUACUUGGAGCCUUCAUUGUCUGCUGGCUGCCCUUCUUUUUGACUCAUGUUCUUAAUACCCAUUGCCAGACAUGCCAUGUGUCCCCAGAGCUUUACAGAGCCACAACAUGGCUAGGUUAUGUCAACAGUGCCCUCAACCCGGUGAUCUACACCACCUUCAAUGUGGAGUUCCGCAAAGCCUUCCUCAAGAUCCUGUCUUGCUGAAGGAGGAGAAGAGGCCACACUCCAUUUACCCACUUGGGGAUGCCAAGCAGUUCAGACCCCUGCCCAGCAGGGUCUGCUUGGAAUGACUACACUGUCCUCUGGCGCGUGUGGUAUGAAGAAGAUUUGCGAAGCAGGACAGACCUGGUUAGGAUUAACCAGCUCCACGACAGAAUGUUUUCAAAUUUUUAAGUGCUAAGCAAUCAAUCAGAGAGCAGUUGAAAAAAAAAAAAAAAAAGUAUGGGACACACAGAGAGAAUUGUCAUUGGAGACAUGAUGCAAUACAGUGAAAGAAAAAUGAACAGGUCUUAGCAGCCUCAGCCUGCCAGGGGUCCUUGCACUCACAGCCAGGAAGCCAUCUUGUAGAAGGAACAAGCAGUUCCUCUUCUUUCAGACCUGUAAUUAACUGUCAGCACGGAUAACCCUGAGCAUCCAUGGGGUCCAUUUUCUUGGGUUUCCUUUCACUCUAUCCUGAAAUAUGAAAGGCAAGGCCAAUGCUUCUACAUUCUGCUUUUCUGUGGAAUGGAAUUGGCUGCAUUGGGGGAGGGAAAUUCUCAUCCCAGAGCAGACACUGUCCCACACUGGGGCUCAGGCUUUCCUUCUACUCCUCCUUGCAUGUUAGCUCUGGUCAAGAGGAACCUUUGCUUUAUUCCCUGAUUUCUCAAGACAGUUGUGCCGUCUUGAUUUCCAGAAUUAUUCAGGACAAGAUGGUGUGUUAAGUGAAGAAGGUAAGUCAGUUCCCUCUUCAGUGUCAUGGCUGAACUUUAUGGGUCAGAGAGUGCCAUCGAUAGGCUAUCCAUCAUUAGAAGGAUUUCACUAGCCGGGAACUUCGAUAUACUUAACAGAGAUCCAAACCUUUCAGACCUUGAUACCCACCAAGCGUUUGGAAAGUGCCAGGCACCUCCCAGGUUCUGAAUAGAUAACAAUUGCUGAGGCAGUUGCUGUCCUCAAAGAAUUCGCUUGUGUGUGUCAUUGUGUUUGCCCACGUGGGUUAUAGUGACUUGCCUAGACUUUCAGAGGACCUCGGAAUUGAGGGUGCUAAGGUAGAUGGGCAUUCCAAACCAUCAUAUGGAUAGUCUUUAUAAAAUCCUAGUCAGAGCAUAAACAUCAUUACUCUAACAACUAUGAUCAGAGUGUAGCAAAGGCUGGGCAUGGUGCCUCAAGAAAAAAAAAAAAAAACACCAGAAAUAAUUUGUAAAUGUCAUUCAAAAUGCAUUUAGAAGGCACUAGAAUACUCACAUCAUUUACCUUCUCACCUACAUGAGCUACUUCUUUAUUGAUUGCAAAAUCAAGAUCAAAUUUAAGGAUAAUUUAUGAAAUGCUGUCAGCCUAAACUUCAAUAAAUUUGCCUUUAAGAGCAUUAGUAUAUAGUAUGACAGAUAGUGGCUGUCAUGCUGUUAAAACUUUAAAAAUCCCAGGAACUUUACUAAGACUCCAAGGCCUCCCCAACCCAUCUUUAUCUGUCUGACCCAGAUGAGUUAGUUGUCUGAUAGUCCAGAAUGUUUUGAAUCCAUCCCUUAAAAGCAUUAUUAUUAUCUAUAAUAAUUGGCACCGUAACACAGUACAAUAAUUGGUAUUGUAAAACCAAAUCCUCUCUGCAACUUCCUUUAAUAUUCUGUGCCAUAUAGUAUGAUAGGUUUAUGUGACAAACAGAGCUGUAUCCUGGACAGUUAAAUCUGGAAAAGUAAAGGUUUGUGACUUCUAGAUUUCCCCAUGGCAAACAAGUAAAAACAGAUGAGCCUAUGGGGUAAAAUAUUAUAGAUUUCUAUGUAAAAAACAAUCAGAAUUCUAGAGGCAGAAAUACAAACCCCAGUAUCAAUACCUUUGUUGAGAAAAUAUGACAGCCAAAUCAUUUUUAUUUUAUUUCACGUGUAUGAGAGUUUUGCCUGAAUGUAUGCAUGUACACCACAUGCACACACGGUGUCUGCAGAGGUCAGAAGGGGUCCUUGGCUCAUCUGGAACUGGAGCCGCCAUAUUGAAACUGGGAAUGGAGCUCAGGUCCUCUCAAAGAGGAGCAAGGGCUCUUACUCACUGAGCCAUCCCUCCAGCCCCUCUGUGUCUUUUCUUGGUAUCAACCUCUAUAAUAACCUUAUGUGAUAUGACAUUAUUUUAUAGAUGAAGAAAUGGAGACAGAGGGAGGUUAAACAAUUUGCCUCUAGGUCAAACACUGUCAAUAUAAGUGUCAACUCAUCUGUUUUCCAUGCUGGCCCAUGGCUUCUUGCCAAAAAGGAGAGGUCGGGGCAAAGGUGGAAAGAAAAGGACAGAGCAGAGAUCCUAGGAUGAAUCUAACCCAGCAUCCAUCUACUAUAUCUGAAUACCUUGCCUACGUUUUUAAAUUAUUUCCCAACCCUGACAGUAUUUGUCCAUAAAGUCAUGUCAAAGCUGAAUUUGAAGCUCUAAACACUACA